AUGGCAGGCGACACCGCUUCCGAAGACGGGCGUAACGGCCUCUUUCCCUACGCCCCCAGCGAAGUAGGCGCCAUUCUCUUUGCCGGCCUCUUUGGCCUAAGCGCACUCUACCAUUUCUUCCAGAUGAUUAGAGGGCGCGCAUGGUUCUAUACCGCCUUCGUCAUCGGAGCCAUAAUGAUGACAGUUGGAUACGCUGCCCGUUAUCUCUCUGCCCAAUCCCCCACCGAACUAAAACCCUACAUCCUCCAAUCCCUCUUCAUCAUCCUGCCCCCGUCUCUCUACGCUGCAACGAUUUACAUGAUCUACGGUCGCCUCGUCAUAUUCGUAAACGCCGAACACGCAUCAAUCAUCCGACCUACGCGGGUUACCAAGAUAUUUGUCUGCGGCGAUGUCAUUGCUUUCUUCAUGCAAGCUGGCGGUGGAGGCAUGAUGGCGCAGGCUAGCAUGGCGGAUAUGGGACAGAAGAUCAUGUUGCUUGGAUUGUUCGUGCAGCUGCUGUUUUUCGGCUUUUUCGUCGUCAUCAGUGUUGUGUUUUAUAUGAGGAUGAGGACUUCGCCACAGAGACAUACUAUUCCUCAGUAUGGGAAGUUUGGCUGGCCGGCUUUGUACAAACUCCUCGCCAUUGCAGCCAUCGUCAUUAUUCUCCGCUGCAUCUUCCGUGUCAUCGAGUUCGCACAGGGCCAUGGCGGAUACCUGGCUUCGCAUGAGGUUUACAUGUAUGUUUUCGAUACGCUGCCCAUGUUUGUAGUACAGGUCUUGUUCCACUUCGUACGCGCGGAUGAUGUAUUUGGGACGAAUCAUGGAGCGGCGAAGAAAUUGGAUAGCGAGAUCAUUGGGCUGUAUGAGAGAUCUUGA